AUGGCAGUAGUCAAUGAAUCAAGUGUAUGUUCAAUCUGUAAUAAACCUUCCGCAAGAUGCUUUUGUAUUGGAUGUAAAAAAUAUUUUUGUUCAAAGGAUUUCAAAGAACAUGAACAACAAUUAUCGAUGAAAUUCGAUAAUGAAAUAGUUAGUUUUCAUGAUGAAGUUCUUGGACAAAUACAAAAGUUAGAAAAAGAUAAUUAUAUGUCAUUGGAUAUUUUUAAUCAAAUUGAACAAUGGAAAAAAAUAACAAUAAAUAAAGUAGAAAAAGCAGCAGAAAAAGUUCAACAUCAACUUAUCGAAUUAAUUGAUAAACAAAGAAUCAAUGUAGUAAAACAAAUUGAACCGAUUACAAAAGAAAUUCUUUAUCGUCGAGAAGAAGAGAAUUUUCUUGAAAAUGAUAUUGAUAGACUUCGAAAAAAAAUCGAUGAAAUACAACAAAUACUUAAACCAUUUAUUCAAAAAGAUACAAAUAAAUGUAUCAUUGUUGAUAAUGAUCAAUUUGAUUGGAAUCGACUCAUCUAUAUUCGAGCAGAACAACUAUACUCACCAGUUCUAUCCAAUGCAAAUCUGAAUACAAAUACAAAAUGGAUACAAAAUGGUAUCACUGUCGCUGGAGUAAAUGGGCGUGGUACCGGAAUGCAUCAACUUUGCAAUCCAUGGGGUUCGUAUGUUGGUGAUGAUCAAACUGUCUACAUUGCUGACUGUUCGAAUCAUCGUAUUGUCGAAUGGAAGCAUGGUGCGACUACUGGUCGAGUUGUAGCAGGUGGAAAUGGAGCAGGAAACCGUCCUGAUCAGUUGAACUGUCCAACAGACGUGAUUAUUGAUAAAGAAAGAGAUAGUCUCAUUAUCUGUGAUUAUGAGAAUAAAAGAGUUGUUCGAUGGUCUCGUCAAAAUGGUAAAAGUGGAGAAACGAUCAUCUCAAAUGUUGGAUGUUGGGGAUUGACAAUGGACGAUGAUAGAUUUCUCUAUAUUGUUGAUCAUGAUAAACAUGAAGUUAGACAAUAUCGAAUGGAAAAACGUCAAGAAACAGUCGUUGCAGGUGGAAAGGGACCAGGAAAUCGUCUCAAUCAGUUGUAUCAACCCACUUACGUAUUUGUCGAUCGAGAUCAUUCAGUUUACGUAUCAGAUUCCAACAAUAAUCGCGUGAUGAAGUGGAUGAAAGGUGCGAAGCAAGGUAUUAUUGUAGCUGGUGGUCAAAUUCAAGGAAAUAGUCUUGCACAAUUAUCAAAUCCUUUUGGAAUUAGCGUGGAUCUUUUAGGUACUGUCUAUGUGGCUGACAAUGGAAAUAAUCGAAUAAUGCGAUGGACUCAAGGAGCCAUACAGGGAACUGUCAUCGUUGGUGGAAACGGUCAAGGAAAUCAAUCGAAUCAACUCUGUCAUCCCACCGCACGUUUUCAUAUGAGGACAGCAACGCAGGUAACGAUUUGUGUUAAAUACAAGAAAACAAAGAGCAUUGUCACAUGUAAAGGCUGUUCGAAAGAUUUUUGUCUUGAUCACAUCAAUGAACAUUAUAAUGAAUUAAGCGAACAAUUAGGUAAAACUGAAGAUCAAUUUAAUGCAUUCAAAAUUGAAAUCGACAAACAAAAAGUCGAGCCACAAAAACAUGAAUUAAUCAAACAAGUCGAUACAUGGGAACGUGAAUCAAUCGAAAAGAUUCGACAAGUGUCCAAUGAACUUCGUCAUGAGCUCUCAUCGCGUGUCAUCACAUUUGUUACCAAUCUCGAUUCAAAUUUGAAACAACUGACCGAACGACUCAUUCAUUGUCGUAAAGAAAAUGAUUUUGCUGAACCAGACAUUCAAUUUUUCAAUGAAGAACUUAAACGAUUGAAAGACAUUCUCAACAAUUCACCUGAUUUGAAAGUUGAGUACGAUUCAACAUCUUUCAUCAACAAAAUUCGUCUUACAAAGAAAGCACCAUUACUACGCAGUGUAAAUCUGAAUACACAUACAAAAUGGAUACAGAAUGGUGUCACUGUAGCUGGAGGAAAUGGAGAAGGCAACGGAAUAAAUCAAAUCUACUAUCCAAAUGGUUUGUAUGUUGAUGAUGAUCAAACUCUCUACAUUGCUGACAACUCGAAUUAUCGUAUUGUGGAAUGGAAAUGUGAUGCGAGGAUUGGUCGAAUUGUGGCUGGUGGAAAUGGAGAAGGAAAUCGUUCUGAUCAGUUGAAGGCUCUAGCAGAUGUAAUUAGUGACAAAGAAAGAGAUAGCCUAAUCAUUAGUGAUUAUGGUAAUAAAAGAGUCGUUCAGUGGCCUCAUCAAAAUGGAACAAAUGGAGAAGCCAUCAUUUCAAACGUUGGAUGUUGUGGUUUGUCAAUGAAUGAUGAGGGAUUUCUCUAUGUUGCUGAUUAUGAUAAACAUGAAGUCAGACGAUAUCGAAUAGGAGAAAGUAAAGGAACAGUGGUAGCAGGUGGAAACGAACCAGGGAAUCGUCUCGAUCAGCUGAGUAAUCCGACAUACAUAUUCGUCGAUCGAGAUCAUUCAAUUUACAUAUCAGACUAUGGUAACCAUCGUGUGAUGAAGUGGAUGGAAGGUGCAAAACAGGGUAUUAUUGUGGCUGGUGGUCAAGGUCAAGGAAAUAGCCUUACUCAAUUAUCGAAUCCUUGGGGAAUUAUUGUGGAUCAAUCAGGUACUGUGUAUGUGGCUGACUAUGGAAAUCAUCGAAUAAUGCGUUGGUCUCUAGAAGCCUCAAAGGGAAGUGUUAUGGUUGGUGGAAAUGGUCAAGGAAGUCAAGCAAAUCAACUCUCUUUUCCCUGUAGUUUAUCAUUUGACGGAGAGGGUAACCUCUAUGUGAGUGAUAAUGGAAACCAUCGAGUACAAAAGUUCAACAUUGAUCAAAGUUGA